GCCUGCCUCGCAACCGAGCGAGCAGACGAUUGCCGGCGGCGGCAAUGACCACGACGCGCCGCACGAAAAGCCCCAUGGUUAGCGCCUCCCCCCGCUCCGACGACGACGACGACGGCGCGGUGAUGGAUGCCUCGCCGGAGUUCCGCGACUGGGGCAACCUGCCGGAGCUGCCGCUGUCGGAGGUGCUGCGGGGCCUCCUCCCCUGCCUCCGCUCGGUCUACGCCUUCGCGGCCGCGUGCCGGCCCUGGCGCCGCCUGCUCCGGGACUCCGCCGCCGACCUCGUCCGCCCCCGUCUACCGCCGCUCCUCCUCCUCUGCCCGGCCUACCGCGUCGUGCCGGUAUCCCCGCGCGUCGUCGCGGCGCCCGUCUCCUACUCCCUCCCCGGCGAUGGCACCGUCCUGUCCGCCUCCCGGGGCCACCUCGUGCUCCUCCGCCGUAACCCCUUUCACAGCCUUCACCUCGUCGACGCCCUCACCGGCGCCGUGCGGCACGUGCUGCCUCUCCCUUCCCCGCACUUCGCCUACCACUACGCCGCCCUCGCGCCCUCCCGGCUGCUCCUCUUCCAUUCCAAGCACGCCUUCUUCUCCCUCCCCGUGGGCGACACAGACCCCAACCCCCGCCCCGAUUGGGCCAAGCACAGCCUCCCCCGGACCGCCUCCUUCGUCCGGUCUACCCUAGAAUUCCGCGGGCGCCUCCUCGGCUUGACCGAUCGCGCGCAGUUACUUGAGUUCCACCUCGAUGCCAACCAUCCGAACAAAUCCGCCCAAAUGUUACCUGCCACCGGCCUCCCGGACGCCACCACGUUCGACCGGUGGCACUUCGGCCCACAUCUGGUCGCCGCCGGUGAUCGGUUGCUCCUGGUGCUCUUCAUGCUGGUGCCGCGAUUUGGCAGUUUGUUUCAGGCACAGACGCGUGUGAAGAAGGUUGCCGUCUACGCACUUGACAUGGCGAAGAUGAGGUGGGAAGAGGUGGAGAACAUCGGAGCUUACAGCUUGUUCGUGGACUGCGCCGGGAGGAGUACCGCUGGAUGUGUGGAUGUGGGGAACUGUGGCCUGGAGGAGAACCGAAUUUACAUUGCUGCUCCUGGGUGCGAUGGCUGGUAUUCAUGCUCGCCUGGGUGGGAGGUUCCUCUCGGUGGUCAAGGGACUGGACCGUUGUCAAUUCAAGCAAUGAAGUGGCUGCCAUGGCCUUCACAGAUAUGGAUUUAUCCACGUCUUUUAUUUUGAUAAUGUAUUGUAUCGAGACAAGUAAUGUAGCAGCCGUUUUGUCCUUAGUUUCCCUGUGGUCUGUGCCUGGAAACCCCAGCAGAAUCUACUAUGUUUUACAUCUUUCUUUCAGUAAAAGCAGGGCUCCGGUGAGCCUUUUAUAAUAGAAAGUAAUGUAGAAAGUGAACAAUAUAAGGUAUGAUCAAUUGUUUUGCUGUAAAAUCAGUUAUUGUGUAUAUAAUAACAUCCAUAGCAUGUUUGUGCGAACAUAAUGUGUGGUUUUUAGCAGUUCACUAUCAGCCGACUAUGUUGUAGUAACCCAAUUAUCAUGCCAUAGUGAAACACUGUGUAUAUAUUGUAUUCCUUAAUAUUUCUGUGGUAUUACCCAUUAGGCCAGUACACGCUGGUCA